AUGGUGACUAUGAACUACAGAGAGCUUUGUGAAAUUCCACGUGGUAAGCAUUGGGUGGAGACUGAGACAUCGAAAGUUUCACUACAAGGCCAGACGCGAGCUCAGGCCUUUGAAGUGCCCAAGGAGGCCACUCUACUCACACCACAGGGAUCGAGAGCCGAAGGAGUCCUGGCGGCCGCCCACCGCCUGAACCUGACGUCCCACUUCCACUGGAUCGCGUCGGACGGCUGGGGCAAACAGAGCCACCUGGUGGAGGGGCUGCAGGACGUGGCCGAGGGCGCCAUCACCGUCGAACUCACGAGCCAGCCGGUGAGAGGUUUCGAUGAAUACAUGGCGUCACUGACCCCGACCAACAACAAACGAAAUCCCUGGUUUAAGGAAUACUGGGAGACGUUCUUCGGGUGUAAACUAGGUCCACCUGGGAGCGACCUAAGUUGCCCUCGAAAUCGAAGAAUAACCAAGGAGGCGGGAUAUCAACAAGACCCCAAGGUCCAGUUCGUGAUGGACGCCGUCUACGCGUUCGCCUACGCCCUCUCGGAGCUCCAGCGCAGCUCCUGCCCGGCGGAGAGCCACGUGUGCGACUCCAUGAACAGCUACGACGGCGGCGCCUUCUACAGGGAGUACCUCCUCAACGUUUCCUUCAAAGGUGUGGUUGGGUCGCAGGUGAAGUUCGACGAGCGCGGGGACGGUCCCGCUCGCUACACCAUCUACAACUUCCGAAAGAUUCCCGGGACGACCAGUUACAACUAUAGCGUGGUCGGGACGUGGUAUAGGGAACUGAAUCUGAACCUGAGCGAGGUCUCGUGGUCUGGCAAUACUUACACCAUCCCGACUUCCGUCUGUUCGCAUCCUUGCCAAGUCGGCGAGAUCAAGAUUAUGCAACAGGGCGACACGUGCUGCUGGAUCUGCACGCCCUGCAAGGACUGGGAGAUGAUGGUGGGCGAGUUCACGUGCAAGGACUGCGGCCCUGGGCGCUGGCCCUACGAGGACAAGAUGGGCUGCUACGACCUGCCGCACAAGUACAUGUCCUGGACGUCGAUCUUCGCCAUCGUGCCCGUCGCCAUCUCGUGCCUGGGCAUCAUGCUCACGCUCACCGUCAUCCUCAUCUUCUGCCGGCACGACGACACCCCCAUCGUCAAGGCGUCGGGGAGGGAGCUCUCGUACAUGCUCCUCUGCGGGAUCCUCAUCUGCUACCUCAACACCUUCCUGCUGCUCGCCAUGCCCGGGAUGGUCGUCUGCGCCCUCCAGAGGUCCAGAUAACGACGCUAUGCAUAGCAAUAUCCUUAUCAGCCUCGGUGGCGCUGGUAUGCCUCUACUCGCCCAAGAUCUACAUCAUAGUCUUCCACCCCGAUAAGAACGUCCGGAAGCUCACUAUGAACAGCGCCACCUACAAGAAAGCUCCAACCGCCUCGAGCGCCGUCUCAGUCAACCACGUUGCAGAAAUGACUUCGAAACGCGUCGAUGGCAGCCAGCAGGUCGGAGGGAGUGAAGCUGCACACGGUGCCGGCGACGCCCUCGCGCACGGCCACGGAGGGGGGCAGUCAGGGGGCAACGGAGAACGAGGCUCUACUCUGAAGGAGACUCCGAUCGACUAGGACUAUCCAUCCCUGAAGAACCGUCGUUACCGUAGGCUACGAGGAGAUAACUAGGCGAUAGCCGAGGCUCUCCAGCGGCAGCGCAAGAGUUACGAGGGCGUCUGAACAUCAAGGAGCCAGGUCACGGAGGCGAGAUCAUCUUGUCGGUGCGUCGCGGUGCUCGGCGCUUCCCUUCGAAACCAGCGUGGCUUGAGCAAGAAAGAAAAACAAAAGUAAAAAAUAGAUAUAUUUAUGUAUCAUAGAAAAAAAGUUCAUCGUCUUCAGGAUUUUAUGACUCAUAAUUUACAUCCGGAAGUUUUUCGACGCAGUUAAGACAGACUUACUAGACCAUCUGGGCUGCUGUGAUAACGGAAAAGUCAUAUUUAAUCGCUGGCAAUAGUCGUGGACGUCAGUAACCAGGUGAAAAAGGAUAGAGGGUUACCUCAUAAAGACAAAAAAGACGAUGUACAUUUUUUCAUCUUUCCUUCGAGGGAUUUAACGACAAACUUGAUGUCAGCACCAACCUCGCUGUGAUUUUUUAUAGGUGGAGGUACCCUUGUAAAUUGCACAUCCACUCCCAAGUUACCUCGAAUCAUCUGAACAUAGUGAUUUGAAGCAUCGUGUGAUGAACUACAAAGCAAGUGUGGUUGUCCCAGUCAGUGUGUGGAGGUGAUCCCUCAUCGCUGCCGACGGACUCUUUCAAAGAGGUUGCUAACAAGAGCAAGACGCCUGUUCUGUCUAGGGUGACUUCACAAAGGAGAAGGAGCUGAAAUCUUAUAGUAUUCCUGUUUCUAUUUCCAAGGUGUUUUAGGGUAGUAUGCUCUUUCCCGAUGACUAUGAAACAACCAUAUCAGUAGCAUUACUUAAUUGUUAAGGUUAACAGAGCUGCCAAGCAUAUGUGUGUAUUUGUCCUGGUCAGCUCAUCGUGGAAAUGUUUUCCAAAAAAAUAGUGAUUAAUGCUGGUGAUUAUGUGAAUGCGUGUCUUAGGAAGAUAAUGACAUAGACGGAGAUUCGUUAAGGGUCUUUGUUGCUUGUAUUAAUUAUGUCAGGUCUGCGUCAAGGCGAUGAACUCACAGUCAGUGUCCAAGCACGACUGUGACCUCACCGUGACUGUGACUAGUUUAUUCUCGCUGGAGGAGAAUCUGGAGACGUGUGUUCUCGAAGUUUAAUUAGGACUGAGAUUCAUUACAUCUUACGACAAUCCAGGAGCAAUGAUGGCGUUGCCGUUUUAAAAGAAGUGAAGAUUCGUCUUGUCCAAUCGGAGUAAAGGUUAUGUAAAUAAAUAACGAAAGAAUCAGUAGAAAUCAUCAAACGUCCUCAAUCAUUAAUAUUCCAUCGAUACACUUGAAAACAUAUUGUACAUAGGAAAGAAAAUAGUAAAAAAAAAAUAUCUAACAGCACGUUCCAAACGCAACUCGAGCUAGAGACUGAAAUAAGCCUAGGUAGAACAAAAGACAGACAUAUCAAUAGAGAUGGUAAACUGAGGGGAACCACCUGGGAUUGGACAGGUGUGCUGGGUCGGGGCCGGAGCUCGCUGUCAAGGUGAUCCUAUUCUUUUAUCCCACAGUUCAAAAGUUAAAGGGAUAAAAGAUUCGGCAAGUAUUUAGAAUUAUUUGUAUAUACAUAUAUACAUGCAUAUAUAUAUAUAUACAUAUAUAUUUGUAUGUAUGUAUGUAUGCAUAUAUAUAUAUAUAUAUAUAUAUAUAUAUAUAUAUAUAUAUAUAUAUAUAUAUAUAUAUAUAUAUAUAUAUAUAUAUACAUGAUUUAUUUCCUUUGAAGUGCAUGUUUCUCUUACAUGUACUAUGGUGCUCUUUUCUAAGGUCUUCAGGCUAUAAUUUCAACAUAUUCUUGAGUAACAAGGGAUAUGAAUUAAGUUUUAAUCUUGAUCUCAGUCGCCUUUUACUAUGAUGAAUUGUAUUUGGCCGAACGUCUGUUUGACCAAUUACAGACGAGAUUUGUUUCUCUUUGUGUCUCCGUCGACUGAUUUCAACCAAUCAGGAGGCGUGUCUUAAGUCGCCAAUGGUCUGUGGUUUGGACCAAUCACCGUGCGCGUCUUCUGUUACUGAGCCCGCAGGAGACGCCGCAUGGUUGUUUGGGCUUAUCUGUUAUCUCGACCUGCCUGUUCACUGUGUUUUUAUUUCGACGUUACAGGAAUUUCAUUUUACCACGGCUGAUAAAUACUAUAUCGUUACACGAAUGGAUCUAACUGUGCGUGAUGUGUUCGAAAGCGUGCUUGAGGACGGGUUUCCCGACUUGUACUUGUCUUUGGUCUUUGUGUCGUAUAAGUGUAACAUAAUCAACUGUAAAUCUGCCAAAGAGUAUAAAGCUCAUAUCACUUAACUCUUCUACAACCUUUGCAGUGCCGUCUAACAACAAUAAAAAUACAAAAAGUUAUCAAAUUACAUGAUUAUUUCCUUGCCUUCUUACUAUCCGUUCUGACAUCAUGAAUGCAGACUUGUAUAAUACUAUCAUUAUCAUUAAGAAUUAACUGUUAACUAAUUACUUCAUUGCAAGCAACUGCCAGAACUUCUCGCACUUCUGGUAACAGCUGUUCACCAUUACAUGUUUCAGCCGAUGUCCUCGUUCUUCUCAAACAGCACUUUAAUGGUCAAGUCGUUAGCACUGAGAAUUUUCCUACUGUGUGCAUGACUGUCCGCAUGAACCGCAUGUGAAUGUGAAAAUGACAUACAAGUCUCUCUUCUCAAUGCGUGUACAUAAAGCAUCAUGUAUAUUUCAUAGGGAAUUAACUCACAAUUACUGUUAAAUGCACCUUGUACAUAUAUAUACUUAGGCAUUUGCACAAAAAUAAUACCUGAAGCUUGAUUGUUGAUCGUAAUGCAUGACAAAGGGUCUAAGAAAGUAGGCGGAAAUAAAUGGAUUUAUUGCGUUACGUGUUCACUUGCUCUCUUUUCUGUCUUCUUCUCAUGCGUAGAAUUAAAGGAAAACGUUUGCACUAUUCAUUGUCUGUGUUGUUGUGAAUAAUACCAAAUUUAUCGAUUUGUUUUGUAUCUUUUGUGUAUAUGAUUCCAUAAACGUUUUCUUUCUCUCUUGGUUUCCUUUCUUCGGCACUAUUUUCGUAUCAUAGGGUCUUGAAAAAAGAUAAUGACAUGUAGAUGAUAUUAGUGUUUGUGUACUUCGGCACCUGCAAUUUCUUUCUUUCGUAAUUCGCACACCGUUUCAUCUUCAGCGCACCCAUGUUUGUUUUGAAUGUCAACAUCACGCAAAAAUCCAUCAGUUUUUGAUCGUAUCGCUCUGUUCCUCAACUUCCGCAGUAAUAAUGUAGUUCUCACCUUUUACUCGCCUUUUACUCAAAAUUGACGCGGCCAGAGACGGUGUACUCAUUACAUCCGAAGAGAAUGUCUCGUUUUCAAUUAAUCAUCAAAAAUGUUCGGGUAGCUUUGGCCGUGGAGUAAAGGGACGAAGAGUCAUCUCUCUUUUUCGUGUUGGAACGAUUGGCGGGGAAAUCGUAAGUAGAGGCAUCGUCAGACUCAAAGUAUAAUCGAACAGAAUAAUAAAAUAUAAGAAAUCGAAUCCCGUUCGGUUCGGAGGAGGCGAUGAGCAGGGAAGGGGAGGCAGCGGGGGCGAGGAACUGAUGGCUCCAACCGGUGAAUAUUAUCGUCAGUAUUUAUUAUUUAUUUAUUUUUUUUAGAUUAUCUGACAUAGUUUUCUUCUUUUCUUUUUACCAUAGAACCCAUAUUUCUCGAAAAUAUAAUACAUCUUCACGUCCUCACCAACAAUCAACAUUUUCCAACGCCAGAUAACGAUAUACAGAAUACCUCCGCAUUGUGAUACGCCGUUCCCGCCAAUGCCAUAAUACGACAGCGGGGCAAACAGCACCAGAUGCCACGGCAGAAGUUCGCUGGAUCCCGCUGAUUAGCAUAAUACAUGUAUGUGGAGCGGGAAGAUGCCGAGCGAGUUUUGAUCUCUUCUUCAGGAUUUCGUAUAUCACUCUAAACCGAUUCGUGAUACCAGUACUUAUAAUAAAAUAUCAAUUAUUAUCGACGUUUAUUUCAUUCGAAGUAAGAUGAAACAAUCUGAUCCUAUGCUGUUGCAGGUGACGUGCCUCUAUAUUUUUCCUUUGAAAUUUAAGACCAUGGAACAAAGUACUUAAUCCUACAAAUGAUAAAAGAGAUACUACGCCCCUAUUAAGAUUAUUCACACACGUCUGAACAAACUUCUCUCUCAUGUGUGUUGUUCUUGUCAACUUACAAGUGUUGUAUGUGAUAUUUCUUUUUACAGAAAAAAAGAGAUUUUUACGUGGUACUCCGAAUGUAUUUUGUUUUCGCAUACUGAUACUUUUGUAAUAUGUUUAAUGUUUAUGAAAUUUUGCUUAUGUUACUGUAGAUGCAUUCAUGAGAAUGUAUAAUUAAGCCUAUAGAUUGUAAUUUUAGUUUUUUACGUCUUAUUGUGAAAAAAAAUGUCGGUAUAUCAGAGAAUAUGGUUUAUAAUUACAGAUUGAUUAAAUUAUUUGUGAUUUGAUA